GGCGGCGGCGGCGGCCGAGGCUCCCAGUCCGUUAACAUCAGAGCGGCCGCCAUGUCACUCUUCGGGGGAGACGAUGACGACGGCGAUUUCCUGUCCCCGAGCGGAGGUGCCAAACUGGCCUCUCUCUUCGGCCUAGAUCAGGCCGUCGCAGGACAAGGUAAUGAGUCAUUCCAAUACACGGCCCCCAAGCAGCCAAAGAAAGGCCCACCAUCUACAGGACCAAGUUCUCAGAAGCCGGCGGCUGCUGGGGCUCCAACAGUUCUCAUGGCGACUGCAGUGCUCGCAUAUCGAUAUGUGAAUGGUCAGUAUGUGAAACAAGGGAAGCUGGGAGCUGCUGUACUGGGAAAUCAGGCUUCUGGAGAGUACAAGAUUCUGCUGUAUGUAAGCCAGCAGAAACAGGUCACUAAUGCACGCAUCUCUCCGGCAUUUGCCUUCACCGUUCAAGCCAAUAAUUACUGUAUGUUUUACGAUGACCAGCGACAGAACUGGUCGGUCAUGUUUGAGUCUGAGAAGGCAGCAGUGGAGUUUAGCAAGCAGGUCUGUUUGGCAAAAUGCAACAGUAUCUCCUCCCUGGAAUCAGUGCUGACUCAGGAUUUGGCCCCGGGAGACGGGCAGGCAGUUGAAGUGGGCGACUCGCUGGAAGUGGCGUACACGGGCUGGCUGUACCAGAACCACGCAUUUGGACAGAUGUUUGACACAAACGUCAACAAAGAUAAACUGCUGCGGCUGAAAAUGGGAUCCGGGAAAGUGCUGAAGGGCUGGGAGGACGGGAUGCUGGGAAUGAAGAAAGGCAGCAAGAGGUUGCUGAUUAUUCCACCGAGCUUAGGAUACGGAUCACAGGGAGUACCAAACCGGAUCCCUUCUGAGGCCACGCUACUGUUCGAGAUUGAGGUGAAAAGGGUAAAGUUUGCAAAGGAUUCAGGCUUCGACAGGCAGAGCAUCAGCUCCCGGGAUUCAGUGGCCUCUUCUCCAGCCCCCAGUAUAGAGAACCUAGCCGUGGAGACCACCAUCCCAGCUCCGCUAUCCGUGCCUCCCAAACCUGGGGAGCAUGUGGUGAGAGCCAAGUCCCACUCGCUGAACGAACAGCUGGCGAAUCCCGAUUCCACUAAAGCCAAGCUGAUCUCUCGGAUGGCAAAGAUGGGACAGCCGAUGCCGUUUCUAACGGGAGCCCUGUCCACACAGCCAGAUUCCAGCGACUCUGAGCUCGAGGAUCCUUUGGCAUCGCGAGGAGGAGGAGCGCCGCUCGCUGCCCCAUCUCCCGCUCAGCACGCUCCCCAGCCCGUACAGAGUCUGCCUCCACAGCAGCCACCACAAGUGCCCAUUGCUGUCCACCCAUUAUCCUCCGCAGCACUGAUUCCAGUCUCGGCUUCUUCACAACAUGCACUGGCCAGCACUGGUCAGUCCUUCCAGCCAUACGCAGCCUAUGGAUACCCACAAGCUUCUGCUAUUCAGACUGUGGGGCACAUGUACCCAGCCCAGGCUCCCCAAUAUCAAGCUUCCAGUGAUAUCACUUCCUUUCUGAUGACUGAAGCUCGGCAACACAAUACCGAGAUCCGUUUGGCUAUCGGCAAAACGUCAGACAAAAUCGAUCAGCUCGCUGUUAAGUUGGAAGGUAUUCAGAAAAAUGUGGGCUAUUCCAACAUGCUGCCCGGCAUUUCAUCAGUAUCUAUGGAAACCAGCAUGAUCAUGCAUAACAUCCAGAGGAUUAUCCAGGAAAACGAGCGACUGAAACAGGAAGUGUUUGAAAAGAGCAGUCGGAUUGAAGAACUGAAUGGGAAGAUUGGUGACCUGAUACAGAGAAAUCAAAGGUACGUGGAGCAGAGCAACGUGCUGAUGGAGCAGAGGAACGACACCCUGAAGUCCUCCAGUGAGAACAGCCAGGCACGGUACCUGCUGGCCGAACAGGAGAAGAUGAAGGUGACUGAAGAACUUGCGGCUGCCACUGGCCAAGUCUCCAAGCUGCAGCUGGAGCUCAGCGCCCACCAGAAGAAGGAGAUGGAGCUGAGAAAACAGCUGGCCUCAGCGCUGGAGGAGGCAGAACAGCACGGCGUCCGGCUGAACACCCUGGAGUCACAGCUGACAGAGCUGCAGGAGGUUACCGAGCACGCUCAGACCCGCUACAAGGCAGAGAAACUGAAGUGCAAGCAGCUGGAGGCAAAGUCGAGCGCCAUGGAGGAGGAGCUGCUGGACCUGCGCGUGGAGAAAGAGAAUCUGGAAAAGAGCGUGGCGGAGAGGAGGAGGAAGGCGUUGGCGGAACGGCAGCGAGCCGAUGAGGAGACGGACGAGCUCCGCAGGUCGUACGAGGAGGAGCUGGAGAAGCUGAGGGCGGCGCUGAAGAGAGCGCGGACGUCGACUGACCUCGCGGCAGCAGAGCAGGUGGGGGCGAUGCAGGGGGAGCUGGAGGCAGAGUGGAAGGCUCGGAGUGAGCGGCUGUUGACGGUGGCUAAGGAGCAGCAUGGACAGCAGUGCCGGGAGCUGUGUGAGCAGAGAGACUCCCUGCAACACAGGUUCUCCCAGCUGGAGGAGAAGCUGGCGGGGUUGAAGCAGUGCCGAGACGCAGAGGAAGAGAAGCUCUCGUCACUUCAGGAGCAAGCGGAGGAGCUGCAGGCCCUGAAAGAGCGGUACUCAGCGCUGCAGAGCCGAGCAGCUGCUAUGAAGGAACACUACGAUGCAGAGAUCCGCUCACUGCUGCAGAAGCAACAUGCCGGCGAGGGCGAGGGCAAGGUCUCGGGGAGCCCGGUGGAGGAGGUCAAGAGAAUCAUGAAUGGGGUGUUCCAGACCCUGCGGGGGGAGUUCGACUUGGAUGAGAAUUACAGCGGUCGGGCAGCCCUGGGAGUCAUCAUGAACACAAUCAAGACAGUUACCCUGCAGCUCCUGAGCACCAGCCAAGAGCAGCCGUCAGUGCAGAGCGAGAGCGAGGGGGAGGCGGAGGAAGAGGAAGAGGAGACUGAAGAGGUGGCAGCUCACGUGGACACCACUUCUCCGGAAGCUGCAGUAGGCGAAGGGUUAGAAUCUGGCACUGUAACUGUCAAGAGCUCGCCAGAGUUUACUGCUCAGCCAGGUGGGUCACAGCUACAGACUCCAGAGAAAGCGAUUCCUGAAGAGUCAGAAGCAGCUUUGAGCUCCAUCCCAAAUGGUUCUGCUGUCGACAUGGCCGAGAGCCAGGGAGAGCAUGCAGGGAGCUUGGGAGAAAGGACAGGUGAGGGUGAGGCUGAGGCUAAGCAGGAACCAGCUCAGUCUGUUCAAGCAGACGAUUCAGAGACUGUUAAAGACUAUCAACAGGCAGAGGCCACUGAAAGCAUAAUGGUGAAGGAUGUCACCUCACUGGAGGCUCCUCAGUCAGAGACCUGCUCUGUUCCAGACCGUUCAAGAGCCGGAGAGACACGGGAAGAGACAUCUUCAAUGGAGAACCUUGGAAGCGGGCACAGCAGCCCCGCCAUCAAACAGCCGGAGUCCAAGAAGGUCCAACACGGAGCACUUCCAGCUCUUAACGGAACUGAAUCUGAGCUUUCUGAGGGUCCAGGACUUCAUGUAAGGAACGAGCGCUCUGAGCUGCCGAGUGUGAGAGAUAACGGUUCCGAUCAGGAGAAAGCUGCCAGUGCCACCCCCAGCUCCACAGCCAACACCAGUCUUUUCAGUGACGACAGUGGCUUAUUCCAAGCCGUGACCCCACGGAUAGGGAAACCGGUGACAUCACCGACCGAAGAGGAAGAGGACGAUGAUGAAGUGAGUAUGAAGGGCCGCCCGCCCCCAGCGCCACUCUUCGGAGACGACGACGAUGAUGACGAAGCCUUUGGCUGGCUCGGGUGAGAACUCCGCAGAAUCGCCAACAACAAGCGUCCAUGUCCGGUCUGGAAGAGCACAGCGACUCGGUGAUGGGAUCCCAGUUGGAUCGCUGUGUUUUGAACUAUUUCAGUAAUUUAUACCCCAGCCCCUGGCCAGGUCACUACCACUGCUGUGUCUAUCGCCUGUCAGCACUCGGGAUGCAGGUGCACUGAGGGGAACUAAUUUUAUUCCACGGGCGAGUAGAUUGCUGACUUGUUGUCUUUUUUAAAUCUGUGCUGAAUUUGAAUAUAUUUUUAUUGCGGAUACAGGUGGAACUAAUGGGAAUUAAAGUUUGCUCUAUCCCCAAAUAUAAAUAAACAGGAUCCAAUGCA